GUUCUUCACACCAAACUCGAGAGAAAACCCGAGAGUUCCCGAGCGAGCCUCCGCGAGAGUGGUCGAGUCUAGGCGUCGGGUAGUCGAGAGCAACGAAAGAUUAAAUUACGCGCGAUUACCGUUAGUUGCGGUAAGAGUGAGGUGUUGAAGAGUGAUUUAAUGGAACCUGAAGCAGAAACGUUGGUGAACAAGAGAAAUCUUUAUGCUCCUAUUGAGCCAUAUAGCACUGGAAAUUUAAAAGUUUCAGAUGUUCACACACUCUACUGGGAGCAAUCAGGAAAACCCGAUGGACACCCAGUUGUUUUUCUUCACGGAGGGCCGGGAGGAGGGACAGCUCCUGGUAAUAGGAGAGUCUUCGAUCCUGAGUUUUAUCGCAUUAUUCUGUUUGACCAGAGAGGUGCAGGAAAGAGUACACCACAUGCUUGCUUGGAGGAAAACACCACAUGGGACCUUGUGAAUGAUAUUGAAAAACUAAGAGAAUAUUUGAAAAUACCGGAAUGGCUGGUUUUUGGUGGAUCAUGGGGAAGCACUCUAGCACUUGCGUACAGCCAGUCUCACCCUGACAAGGUUACUGGUUUAGUCCUUAGAGGGAUCUUUUUGUUGCGUAAAAAGGAGAUUGAUUGGUUUUAUGAGGGUGGUGCUGCUGCUAUAUACCCUGAUGCUUGGGAGGAGUUCAGAGAUCUUAUUCCAGAAAACGAGAGAGGUAGCCUUGUAGAUGCAUAUCACAAAAGAUUGAAUUCUGAUGAUCUGGAAACUCAAUAUGCAGCUGCAAGAGCUUGGACUAAAUGGGAAAUGAUGACUGCUUAUCUUCGUCCAAAUCUUGAAAACGUUCAGAAGGCAGAAGAUGAUAAAUUUUCAUUGGCGUUUGCAAGGAUUGAAAAUCACUACUUUGUUAACAAAGGUUUCUUUCCAUCGGACUCAUACUUGCUAGACAAUGUUGAUAAAAUACGGCAUAUCAAGACUACCAUUGUUCAGGGAAGGUAUGACGUAUGCUGUCCUAUGAUGUCUGCUUGGGAUCUGCACAAAGCAUGGCCAGAGGCAGAACUCAAGAUUGUUUACGAUGCUGGGCACUCAGCAAAUGAGCCAGGAAUAGCAGCGGAACUCGUGGUUGCCAAUGAAAAGAUGAAAGCACUUAUGGGAUGAAGUAUUUGAUGGAAAGAAAGCUGCUCAUUUUGUUCAUUUCGUCGGGACCUAUGUUCAUAUUUUCAAGUUUGUUACUACAAAGUAAACAUCACAUUCACGU